AUGGCACGGCCGGUUAAGAGGCAAGCAGCAGGAGUAGUAGCGGAUGAGAUUAAACAGGAACACCUUUUGGCUUUCAUUGUGAAGGAGAAAUAUAAAGAUAAUAAAUGCAAAGAAGAACUCGAGAAAUAUUGUGAAGAGUUGAAGAAAGCAGAUGAGAAACUAGAGAAUGUGGAUAAAAAAGUUAAAGGACUUUGUGAUGAGAAAGAUAAAAAAAAAAAGUGCGAAGAACUGAAAGACGAUGUUGAACAAGAAUUAGAAAAUUUUGAUGCGGAACUUCCAGAUAAAUUAGGAAAAUUAAAAGAUGAAGAAUGUGAAAAAUAUGAAGAAAAAUGUAUACUUUUAGAAGAGGCGGAUGAUGGUGAUGUUAAGAAGAACUGUGUCAAGUUGAGGGAAGGAUGUUACAAAUUGAAGCGUGAAAAGGUGGCAGAGGAGCUUCUUUUCAGGGCGCUCGGAAAGGAUGUUAAAAAUGGUGAAUGUGAAAAAAAGAUGAAAGAUGUUUGCCCAAUGUUAAGCCGAGAAAGCGACGAAUUGAUGGCUUUCUGCCUUGAUCCGAGUGGAACGUGUGGAGAGCUGAGUAAAAAAUUGGGUACUGUUUGCCAGCCUUUACAAAAAGAAUUGAAUAAGAACGAAUUAGAGGAAAAGUGUCAUGAAAGACUUGAGAAAUGUCAUUUUUAUGGAGAAGCGUGUGGUAAUACAAAAUGUAAGGAUGAUAAGGAGGAAUGCAAGAAAAAUAAUAUUACAUAUAAAGCGCCAGGAUCCGAUUUUACUCCGGUGAAACCGAGGGCGUCGUUGUUGACAAUGAUUGGGUUGGAAGAUGUUUAUAAAAGAGCGGAAAAAGAUGGAAUUCUUAUUGGAAGACAAGGAGUGGAUCUACCAAAGACGUUUGGUGAUAAUUUACUCCAAGAUCUUUUGCUAGUGUUGAGCCAAGAUGAGAAUGAUAAGAAACCAGAAAAGAAAUGCGAAAAAGCGUUAGGAAAAUGUGAUGCUUCUAAGCAUUUGGAUGAUGAUUUGAAAAAGUUAUGCGAAGAUGGUGAUAAACAAAAGAAAUGCCAAGAAUUACUAAAUGUAGAAGAAAGAUGUACAAAUCUCAAAUUAAAUCUUCAUCUGAAAGAUUUGUCUACAAAAUUUGAAAAAGAUAAAGAUUCAGAACCUUUAUUCUGGAGACAACUGCCAACCUUAUUUACAAAGGGAGAGUGUGCAGAACUUGUCUCGGAAUGUUUUUAUUUAGAAAAGGCGUGUAAAGAUAAUAAAAUUGAUCAAGCGUGUCAAAAUGUACGAGCAGCGUGCUAUAAAAUGGGACAAAAUAGGAUGUUGAAUAGGUUGUUUCGAGAGGGGUUGAAGGAGAAUCCUGAUAAUAUAAAAUAUUAUGAUGAGAAUCCUCAAAAAUGUCAAAAAUUUGUGUUAGAAAGCUGUACAAAACUUAAAAAAUAUCUUCCACAAUGUCUUUACCCUAAAGAACUAUGUUAUGCGGUUUCGGAUGAUAUUUUUCUUCAAUCCAAAGAGUUGGGUGUGCUUUUGGAUGAUCAAAGAGAUUUUCCAUUAGAAAAGGAUUGUCUUGAAUUGAAGGAGAAGUGUGCUCAACUUGAAACUUAUUCAAAUUCGAAUUCUCAAAAGUGUGCAACAUUGAGAAGGCGCUGUAAAUACUUAAGAGUUUCUGAGGGAUUUAGAAAUGUAUUUUUAAAAAGAGAAGAUGAUUCGUUAAAGAAAGAAAACUGUACGAAGGCAUUGCAAGAAAAAUGUGAUGCUUUAUCUAGGAAAAGGAGGAAUCCAUUUGGGUUUUCAUGUGCUUUGCGAGAAGAAACAUGUGAAUAUAUGGUAGCCCGUACAAAAGAUGAAUGUUUUUAUUUAAAAGACAACAUGGUGAAUGAAAAAAUUCUAAAAGAAAUUGAAGAAAAAGCAAAAAAAGCAAAUGGAAAUGAAACCUUGGUUGAAGAACUCUGCACAACAUGGGGCCGACAUUGUCACCAACUUGUGAAGAAUUGUCCGGAUGAUUUGAAAAAAAAUAAAAACAACCAAGGUUAUAACUGUGAUGAACUCGAAGAAAAAUGCAGUGAAACCUUUAAAAAGUUGAAAUCGAAGGAGGAGCUAACUCAUCUGUUGAAAGGCAGUCUAAGCAAUAAUAAAUGUAAAGAAGCAUUAGGAAAGCGUUGCACUGAGUUGCAAAAUAAUGAAACAUUCAAAAUUCUGCUUGAUAAGUGUGAUGAUAAUACCAAGGAAAAGGUUUGCAAAGAAUUAGUUGAAAAACUAAAAAAGAGAUGUCCUACUUUAAAAACCGAUCUGGAGAAAGCGAAAGAGGAAUUAGAAAAGAACAAGAAUGACUACGAUGCGCUUAAAAAGGCGGCAGAAGAAUCUACAAAGGCAGCUAGCUUAUUGCUAUCAAGACCUAGACAAAUUGUAAUGCCAAAUGCGCAGAAUGGCAGUGCUUCUGAAGAAGUAUCACAACCACCGUCAGCACCAGAAAAAGAGUCAUCACCACCACAAGUACCAGCAGGGUCAUCAUCAUCAGACUCAUCAUCACAAUCACAAGGGUCACCAUCAUCAUCAACUGGUGGAACGCCAAACGCAUCAGAUGGAACGCCAAAUAAAUCAGCUGGAACGACGGGCCCUGCAAAACUUGGACUCGUUAAAAGAGCGUAUGUAGAAGGAGGAGUAUCAGAAGUAGAGGUAAAAGCAUUUGAUGAAACGACAAUAGCAAUGGAGUUGUAUUUGGAAUUGAAAGAGGAAUGUAAAGCUUUAGAACUAGAUUGCGGUUUUAAAGAGGAUUGUCCGGAAUCUAAAUCAGCUUGUGAAGAAAUAGAAAAGUUAUGUAAACUGGAAGCAUUAAAAGUUGCGCCUCAUCAUACAGAGACAAUAACAAAUAAGGUGACGGAAACACAGACGGAAACACAGACCGUUGAGAAGGUCGAUGACAAGACCAAUGUGAAGACCGUUGAGAAGACUGUUACGGUAACCAAACCAGGAAGUGGAGAAAAAGUAACAGAAGAGUGUACAAUGAUACAGACGACAGAUACAUGGGUGACGAGUACGUCAUUGCAUACGAGUACGACAACGAGUACGUCAACGGUGACGUCGACAGUGACGUUGACGUCGAUGAGAAAGUGCAAACCUACCAAAUGUACCACCGAUUCAACCAAAGAGACACAGAAAGGAGAAGAAGAAGAAGUAAAACCAAAUGAUGGGGUGAAAAUAAGAGUUCCUGAUAUGAUUAAAAUAAUGUUGUUGGGAGUUAUUGUUAUGGGGAUGAUGUAA